AUCAUUUCAUUUAGAGGUUAUGAAGUGUAUCUAUUUACGUCAAGAAUAGUGUGUGAUGGCAUGUAAUUACAAUCAUAUGUGUAUAGGGUAUGUUUACGAAGUGCCGAAAAUCUAGUGUUUGCACUUUUACGUAAGCAAAACGAAAUGGCAAUAAUGUGUUUCCUAACCUAGCUUGUUGUCGGCGACGAGGAAACGAUUUUCAUUGUUCACUAGAAGUAUUUGGCAUUUGUGGCCGAAGAUCAGACACAAUGUUGAAGUCGAAAUGGAGGUUAGAUAUUUCUUUGGAAGUGUUCCUCUUGUUACAAUGGCAAGUGGUCAGCAGUUUAAUUUGCGAUGGAAUAACCAUACAAACAACAUUCUUCAGGUGUUUAUGGAGCAACUGAACAGUGAAAAUCUUGUGGACGUGACUUUGUCUUGUCAAGGACAGUUUCUCAAGGCACACAAGAUGAUUCUCUCAGCAUGCAGUCCAUAUUUCCAGGAGUUGUUUAAACAGCAUCAUGUGCAGCAUCCUGUUGUCAUCUUGAAUGGGAUGAAAUUUAUUGACAUAAAGCUGGUCAUUGAAUUCAUGUACAGGGGUGAGAUUAAGGUGUUAGAGACAGAGCUGGAUGGCUUAUUGGCAGCAGCUGAGACUUUGCAGGUAAAAGGACUGUCAAAUGUGCGCAAUAAAUAUGAGAAAGGAGACAUCCAGUGUGCAGAUAAUCAGCAGAAUCAACAACAAUCUCAGCCACAACAGCAGCUGCAGCAACAACCACAGCAGCAGAAGCCUGAUGAUCAGGGUGAGAAAACUGAUGUCAGCUCACAAGGCACACCACACCAUCUCCGUAGAAAGCGCAGAAAAACUUCAGAUUUACCUGCUUCCGAAGAUGCAGUAACCACAAGUAAUGCAUCAACAGUCGCAGCUCUACAGGCUGCAGGCGGAAGUGGGGAUACAUCUUCCCCAUUGCGGUCCAAACAGCCAUUGCCAUCAUUUGUACAAGUCACAAUGAAUGACUACAUGGACGAUGAUGACCUUCCAGCAACAAUCAAAGUGGAGCCUCCAGACAUACGAGAUAUUGAUGAUUGGAUCACCAUCAGAAUUUGGCAAGGCUCGUUACCUGGUAGAGUUCCCAGGACCUGUCACUACAACAUCAACAACAUCAACAACAACAGCAGCAGCAACAACAGCAGGUUCCAGCAAAGAUAUGUUACUGCCCCAAUUAUUAACAAGUCCACGGGAGAAGAAACAGAAUGCAUGGCAUAAGCGUCGGGCUGGCAAGAUACCCAGGCCUCCCAAUGCAUUUAUGAUCUUUGCAAAUGAAUGGCGUCGCAAAUUGGCUUUCCAGCAUCCAGCGGAGAGUAACAAGGAGAUCUCAGUACGAUUGGGUGUGAUGUGGAAAAACUUGUCAGCUGAUACAAAAGAAAGUUAUUAUACAGCUUCACGUCAAGCGGACGAGGAACACAAACGCAAAUACCCAGGUUACUACUACAGUCCGAAAGAGGCACGCAUGAACAAGAUGCACAAACACAAUCUUGCUCUUGCUAGGAAAAGUAGCAAACCUGUUGAUGCCAUGCACCUUGUUAAGGUAUUCAUGACUGACAUGAAUGAGACCACUCCAUACCUUGUAGUGCCAGAAAAAACCAGGGAGCAACAGAUGCAGCAAAUAUCAUUGUUGGAGACGCGAAUAGAGACAUCGAAAAACUUAACCCCAUCUUCUGAACAUGUGGAGGCAGAUGUUGGGGUGAAAGCUGAUCUUGCAGGAGGUACUACUACUGCUUCAGGUGGCAAUGAUGAGCCUAAGGUCACCACCGGAGUCCUGAAGACAGAGACCUCUUCUCCAGUUACAGGAAACGAGGGUGACGAAUUACCGGCUGGUGGUGAAAAGGUUGAAAAAUUGGAGGUCAAGUCAGCUGAUAACAGUGAUCAACAAAAUUUCAAGUGAAAAGUUAAGAUGAAUUUUGUCAUUUGCCCGACGAGUGGCUUAGAGUAGUCUCUGAAGUGAAUUCGUACAGAGUGAUAGUACCGUCAUAACAGACAUCUUGAGUUAUUCACAUGUAUCGUUAUUAAUAGCGAAUAAUUUGAUGUAGAAGUAGUGUGUCAUAUAUGUGCUUCCUUUAGUUUCAGCCUCUUCCACAGCUUCUUGACCUUUUGAGUUUACUGUGCCUGUUAUGCAUAUUGUUACGUCACUUAGCUCGUAAAGAAACUAAUAAAUCCCGUAUUUGAGCAAAAUAAUGUUUGUGAAGUGAAUGGUCAAGAAACUAUUACUCAAACACUGAAAGAAUAAAAAAAAUUGUUUGUACAAGUGAUGACUGUUACAUUUGUUUUAUAAUUCUUACACAUAUAAUCUCAGUUACUGUAUAUCAUAUUUGCAGUAUGAUAAAUGGUCCUAUUUUGGAAGGAAUAUUUGUAUGUAUGCAUGUAGGUGAGGUUAAGUGUGUGUGUGUGUGUUUUUUUGUUCAAGAGUAACACAGUAACAACACAGCAUCAGACUGAGUAGAGACUUGUCAAUUUUUAUAUGCUCAGAAUAUAUUAUGAAGCUACAGCUUACUCAUUUCGUGAAUGUAGGCAAGAUAAUAAAUAUUCUAUUGUAUCUGUUAUCUCAUACACAAUGCUGUAAUUUUUAUUAGUCUUUGACCAUGGGCUCCUGUUACCUGGGCCCCAUAAUUACCACUCUCUCUAGGUUCACUGUUACUAUCACAGAGGACUUUAUUGCGGAAUGCUGGUGUGUACUUGUGUGGAAGACUCAUUGCUGUCUUCACCAUACUGACAGAUGAGCACUUUAUAUGAACAGUACAUUGUAGGAGAUGAUGGAUAUGAAGAAAACGUUUGUUAUUGUGUGAUAACUAUUUUCCAUUCUUCCCCUCAUUCUGGACCAUAGAAUGUAUGGCUGUAACUACAUAAUGAAGCCUUUGCAGGCAUGGGUUGACUGAGACUUUUAAAUUAAUCUGCCACCACACUGUCACUCUAUAAGGGAAGGUACUAACUUUAGAAUACUGUAUAUGUAUGUAAAUAGAAAUACAUCCCUAUCUAUAGCUGUUGCUGGUCAUUUCUUGGACAUUUUACAAAUUUGGAUACAUUUCAAGACAAACAAAAAAGUUAAUGGUAUGAAAUAGUGAGAAAUGUUUAUAGGUUUCAUUUUAUUAUUACAGUGUGGAAAAGCUACUACAAAAACUGGACUCUCUGUCCAUCCAUAUAUAUAUAUAUACAAAAUUAUGCAAAACUGAAAAUCCAGAGAUUUUUGUGACACCGUUCGUUACCACUGAUAGGGAUAUAUUCAUGUUUGUGUUCUCUUACAUUUUAGUGUUGCAUGAGUGUAUGAAGGGAUGGAACAGCUGCAGUGAGAUAUUGUCCUCUUCCAUGGAUAUUUCCACUUUAGCUCAGUAAAUGAAUAAUUGUUGAUACAGUCAGUAUUGAACAGUGCUACAUCCACGAAUAUAUAUAUGUAGUCUGGUCACCAGUGUUUCAGAAGAAAGUACUGCUUGGCUUACCCUUUGAUCCUGAAAAUGGAGCCGUUAAAUUCCUCAAAAACAUCGGUGAACUCAUACUGGACUGCAUGGCCUUACAUCCCAGAGGAUAGUACCCUUCAUAGCCACUGUUGUGAGAACCUCAGACCAACAAAUAAAGAACUGAUGAUUCAGUCUUUGUACUUGAUGCUAGAUUUUUCACCAACCCUUGAACCUUAGACUGUUAUGUGUUCUUUCAGCUGAUAUACUUACACAUUCAUAUAUACAUUGUAUGUAUUGUCAGGCUUGUAUCAAAUAUGAUAUUUCCAUUGUGUUAGCACAUACGAGUUAUUUGUUGCCCUUUAAAUUAUGAUGAAUGGAAUUUUGUUAAUGAUCUAUUUAAUAAACUCAUGAUCAACUUUACAUUAACAGGGAAAAAUGUGACAAUGAAAAUCUAAGUUCCUUGUAGAAAUGUCAGUGAGUUGUGAGAAAGACAUUUUUUAAUAAAGACUGGCUGUAAAAUGAGACACCCUCUGAUCUUAAUUCAUAGUGUUUUGUUUCUGUUAGAAAUAGAGAACUUUUCCAUUUAAAACUGCACCCAUAAAGACUGGAAAUUAACCUCCUAACUAAAUGCCUGGUAAAUACAGAUUUAUAUAGAAUUAUAAUCAUAUACAGUAAUUUACCUACAUGUUUGAGCACUGGUGGUGAAUUUGAGGUUAGGCAUAAAUUGAAGAAAGCACAGCGUGAUGCUCAGGUUCAGUACUCCAUAAAUGCCUGAUAUUAUAAAAAACAGCAGAGUAACUAUCAUCACUAAAGAGUGCCAUUUGUCUAAACCCUGAAUCAUUUCAUUCCAGUUCUUGUUGCCCCCACUGUUAUGAAGAGCCAUUUGAAUGUUAUUCUCUGGUCUAUUGUCAUAAACAGUCUCUUUCUCUGUAGUAUGACUGUCUGUGAUGAGUCACAUAUUUCACAACUAUUUAAUUAUUUUAAAAUACAUAUUUGUAAUUAGCUGUAUGUCCUUGUAGCUUUAUAGUCAGUGUGUAGAGAAACUUUGAAUUUCAAAGUACAAGACAGAUUUCCAUAAAAGAUGACAAUAUAAAUAUUUCCUGCAUAUAGUAUUUUGCCAGAGUCAGUUAUCUUUGUCUUCAAAGAACACUAUAAGGGGGCUUCACCUUGGCAUACAAAUUAUAGUCUAAAAGUAGUUAGGUCAUCACUGAAGACUGCUGUCUUUAUAGUCACUGCUGUGAGAACCUCAGACCUUGAGAUCAGAUCACCAAUUUACAGGUUUUAAAAUAAAAUUCAGAAUUACGUUUUUGAUGUAAUAGUAAUCCACCACUUCUCUUUUCAUCAUUUGGACAAUAGCUUGUCUGGCUGGAUAAUGUAAUUUAAUUGAAAACACUGUG